ACAAUAUUGGACCAUGUAAUCAACCAUGGAAUGACCUGAGGGAAGCGGGCCAACGGGUUUAGCCUAACUUGAGCCGCUACACUGUAGCAAGCAUCAUAAGGACAUUUCGAAAUGAAAAUCGAAUUGCAAGACGUCCAGAUGCUGGGGGCAGAGGAAGAAUGUUCACUGCAGAACAAGAGACCCAUAUAGUCAAUAUGGUGAUUGCAAAUAAUUCCAUAAGGCUACGAGAAAUUCAGCAGCGCAUAAUUGAGGAUGACAACACCUUCCAAAACAUACACAAUGUGAGCAUUUCUGUAUUAAGUCGUGUACUUGCCCGCAACAGAAACCGAAUGAAACAAAUCUGCAGAGUCCCUUUUGAAAGAAACAGUGAACGUGUAAAACAACUACGAUAUGACUAUGUGCAGGUAAGCUAUAGUAUCAUUGGUACUGAAUCUGGAAGUGUAUACUGUAGUACUGUACAUGAGCUACUUUUUGUGGAUGAGGCAGGUUUUAACCUCACUAAAACAAGGAGACGUGGCAGGAACAUUAUUGGACACCGUGCCAUGAUCAAUGUCCCAGGACAACGUGGUGGUAACAUAACUUUGUGUGCAGCUAUUAGUCAAAAUGGUGUUGUUCACCAUCAUGCAACCCUAGGCCCAUAUAACACUGCACACAUUAUUACAUUCCUGGACACCUUACAUGACAUGCUCACUAAUGUUCAGAGACCAGAGCAGACCAGAUAUGUCAUCACAUGGGACAAUGUUAGUUUCCAUAGGGCUGCUUUGGUCCGCAACUGGUUUACAGAUCACUCGCUCUUCACUGUACUCAACCUCCCCCCAUACUCUCCAUUCUUGAAUCCAAUUGAAGAGUUCUUCUCUGCCUGGCGCUGGAAGGUCUAUGACCGUCAUCCCCAUCAAUGCAUAGCCCUUUUACAGGCAAUGGAGGAGGCAUGUGGGGAUACUGACCAGGCAUCAUGUCAGGCCUGGAUAUGGCAUUCCAGAAGAUAUUUUCCCCGGUGCCUUGGACUAGAGGACAUUGCAUGUGAUGUAGACGAAAUUUUGUGGCCGGACCCAGAGAGACGACACGAUGUAAACUGAUUUUUUUUUUUUUUUCAGUGAAAUUACUAUUUUGUGUUUUGUCUUGGAAAAAAACACUUGUUGUUGUUUUGUUUUGAUAUGUGUAAAUAAACACCAGUACUUAAAGUUUGGAUCCCUGUAUGUUUACAGAACUAUGACAAAAGUAUGACUUCAAACUGACAUAGCUUAUGCACAGAGAAAGCAAAAGCCAGAUGUGUUUUUUAUUCAUACCAUCAGUGUGUAUUUGGCGCAUUGUGUGCUUAUUAAUGUGAUGGCUUGUGUUAACUGUUUGAUAAGAAAAUACCA